AUGUCCGCCCCAUCCAAAAGAAAGAUCCUCGGCAUCGGCAUCCUCAAAGAAAGCUCUUCACAAGAUCCAGCAUACAGUCCUGAGCGUGUCAAGCAAGAAGUCGACCAAGAACUUGCGAGGCUGCGGGAAGCAGGAUUCGAGUUUACGCUUUACUUCGCGGACAGCAAGGACAUCGAGGCGACCAUGCCGGCAGUCAAAAGUCUAUUGAGGGACUCAACAUGGGAUGGUGUCUCCGUCGGCUUUGGACUCCGGGGUGCGCCGGAAUACACGGCUCUCUUCGAAGACAUUGUCAAUGCUGCCAUCAAGGAGACUCGGGGUCAUGUGCCGAAGCUCAUGUUCACGAGCUCGACCACAGAUAUCUACGAUGCUGCCAUCAGAGUUUUGGGGGCAAGGCCGUGA